GUUGUCAGUCUCACAGGACCUGUGUUCGGACCCCACUCCUCUGACCCCUGUGUGACCUGACCCGAGGAGGAGGAGGAGAGUUUGAGGACAGGACUCUGGACUCUCCUGCAGUCGCAGAGGAUGUCCUCCCCUGCAGCUCUGGUGUCCGGUGAAGAUGUGAUGGUGAUCAGGGUGUGCUGUGUUCGCAGAGAGGGAGCGGGAUGUGUGUGAUGGGCUGCAGAGCGCAGUGUGUGGAUAAAGUGUUCCUCGAGGUUUACGUAACCCCUGCAUUAGUGGGAAGACACAGUAACCACCUCCAGAUGUGGGAGCGCGCAAUCUGACUGAUUAUUUACAACGAGACCAAUGAACAUCGCCCUCCUCACAGCAUGAGCCUUAAUCUUUGCUCCUUUGUCAAUGCCCAAGUUAAUGCUUAAUCUUGGUACAGACCAUUAAUAGCUGAGGCCAAGCCCUGUUUAUGGGAGGAAGGUUACUUAGAUGUGCACGGAUCAGAUGUUGCAGACCAGAGUCACACAGGCUCAGGGACUCGUCAGCCUCAUCUCUACCAGAGGAGCAACCAGACCUCCAGGACUGAGUGAAGGGAGCAGCCACCAUGGUGAAGAACUGCAAGUCCAAGCUCAUCGCCGGGGCCUGUGUCGUCCUAACGAUCUCUGUCAUCGCCGGCAUCGUCACCAUGGUCGUUUUCUACACGACUCAGAUCUCUACGAUGAACCCAACACCCCGUCCCACCUUCCUUCCCACCACCACGCAGCCGCCACCUGACAGGCGGCUGCCGAGGAACCUGGUGCCUGAGAGCUACGAGGUCGUCCUGCAGCCUCACUUCUACACCCGGAUCAUUGAGGUGGUGAACGUCACCAGUCCCAACCAGAGCACCCUCUUCACUGGAAACUCCACAGUUUACUUCAAGUGUGUCCAGAAGACGAGCAGCAUCUACCUCCACAGCAGAGAGCUGGAAGUCUCUGACUCGGUGGUGAAGAACAGAGACAACCUGAAUGAGGAGAUACGUUCCUCCGUGGUGGAUCCUGGGAACUUAGAUUUUAUGGAGAUCCAGCUGAAUGUGGCGUUGGAGGCAGGAGGAAACUACAGUUUGUUUCUGAAUUUUAAGGGAGAGUCAAUGGGGACUAUGGAUGGACUGUUCCUCAGCACGUAUUUAGAAGGUGUCCCUGAAUAUGAAGGCGAUAUGAACCCAGUGAGAUUCCUGGCCGCCACCAAUCUGGAGCCAACGUUUGCCAGGACAGUGUUUCCUUGUUUCGACGAGCCGGAUAUGAAGGCUGUGUUUCACGUCUCCAUCAUCCACAGGCGAGGCACCGAGGCUCUGGGAAACGCACUAACAUCAGGCUCCAGCAUCAUAGACGAUGAGUGGCAAUACACUCGUUUCUACCCGACACCGAGGAUGUCAACGUACCUUCUUGCCUUCACGGUUUCAGAGUUUGAAUCAAUUCCCUCCACCCAUGAACGUGUGGACAUUCAAACGUUUGCUCGUCCCGAGGCCAUCGCAGCAGGACACACUCAAUACGCCGCCAACAUCACCGGAAAGAUCCUCCGGUUCUACGAGGAGAAGUUUGGAAUCAAUUACUCGCUGAAAAAGCUGUACCAAAUCGCUCUGCCAGACUUGAACCCUAUGGCGAUGGAAAACUGGGGACUGGUCACGUACCAGCAGGGAUAUCUGCUCUUUGAGGAGGGGGUGUCCUCGCUGUUGCACAAGGAAUUGAUCGCUACUCUCAUCGCACAUGAACUAGCUCAUCAGUGGUUUGGAAAUCUGGUGACGAUGAAAUGGUGGAACGAAGUUUGGCUGAACGAGGGCUUUGCCACCUACAUGGCCUACUUUGCAGUGGACGCCGUCGAGCCGUCAUUCAAAACGAAAGACUCGGUUGUCGUGUUGGACCUCCACAUGGCGUUCGAGGAGGACGCUCUGGCUGCAUCCCAUCCGCUCACUGCUCCGCAGAAAGACAUCCAGACAACUUCUGAGAUCCUUGAAAUGUUUGAUGCAAUCACCUACAGUAAGGGGGCAAUGGUGCUGAGAAUGCUGGCAGACAUCGUGGGUCAAAACGUGUUCAACCGAGGAAUCAAUAUGUACCUCUCGGACUUCAGGUACAAUAACACUGACCAGAAGAACCUGUGGGAUUACAUACAAAAGGCCGUGGAUGAGGAUGGUGGUCACACCAAGGUUGCGAUGGUGAUGCACAAGUGGACCAAUCAAAUUGGCUAUCCCGUCGUCACCAUCAACACGACGAGCGGACAGCUCGACCAGAAGCACUUCCUGUUCAACGACUCUUCUGAAUCGAGUCUUUGGUGGCACGUCCCGAUCAAAGUCAUGUCAAGUUCAUCGGAACCGUCUCUGGAAUGGUUGGACACCAUCGAAGUAAGUAAAGACAAAUUCAUUGCCAAGAACGGAGAGUGGAUCCUGGCGAAUGUGAACACCACUGGAUACUACAGAGUCAAUUACGACCUGGAGAACUGGGAUGCCCUCUCGAGUCAGAUGGAAAACGACCAAGAGCGGAUCCCGCUGAUAAACCGAGGGCAGCUUAUCGAUGAUGCGUUCAACUUGGCAAGGGCCAAACUUGUCGACGUGACCCUGGCUCUGAAUUUGACGCGAUUCCUCCGCAAUGAGACGGAGUUCAUUCCCUGGAAGUCUGCCAUGACGAACCUGGGGUACUUCGUCCUCAUGUUCGACCGCUCCGAGGUGUACGGACCCAUGCAGACGUACCUCCGGGAACAGGUCACCGGGCUGUACAACUUCUACCAGAACUACACGGACCAUUCCCGGGUCCCGAAGGACCACUCCUCACAACACAGCCAGAUCAACGCCGUCAGGGUGGCCUGUUCCAAUGGACUCCCAGAAUGUGUGACCAUGGCAACAAGGAUGUUUGCCAUUUGGAUGAAAAACGACACCAACAUCAUCCAUCCCAACCUGCGCUCGACGGUCUACUGCCAGGCUGUGGCCUCUGGGGGGAAAGCCCAGUGGGACUUUGCCUGGGACAAGCUUCAGAGCUCCAACGACACCUCGGAGAGGGACCAGCUCCGAGCGGCUCUGUCCUGCUCCAGAGAGACCUGGCUGCUCAACAGAUACCUGCAGUACACCUUGGACCCUGAGAAGAUUCGUUUUAUGGACGUUUCAACCGUUAUAAACCUCAUCGCCCUGAAUCCUGCGGGGCAAGCGCUGGCCUGGAACUUUAUCAGAGCGAACUGGGAGUUUCUCUCUGACCGGGGCGGAGGCGCUCUGAUCGACGCCGUGGCCAGGAGGUUCUCCACAGAGUUCGAACUGGAGGAGCUGGAGCGAUUUGUGACCGACAACGAUCUGGGGUACAUGAGGGAGGAGCAGGCCAUCGAGCAAACCAGGGUCAACAUCCAGUGGGUGAAGGAGCACAAGGAGAAGAUCCUCCAGUGGUUUGAAAUGGAAACGGGUUCGUAGAGCGACGGAAGGAAAGAGAACGUCGCUUUUCACCGUUUUCGACUGAAGCUGAAAACUGCUUCCUGAUGUUCUACAUCCACAAACCAGAACCCUGAUCGAGAUCUGGAUCCUGUUCUGGAAAACUGAUCCGUACGCCAAAGUAUCAGGGCCACUCCGAGGGACAAAUCUGGUUUCCAGGAGUAAUAUGAGAAAAAAGAUUAUAGCCUAAAUCUACAAGAAUAAAGUUGUGAUGUUAUGAGAAUAAAGUUGUAAUAUUACCAGUAUCAUUACUCCAGGCUACGUGUAUUUUUAGGGGAAAUAUCUGAAGUUUUGAAUUCUGAUUGUUUCAACAUUUUUAUUCGCUGCUUAUUUUCUUUAAAAAAAAAACGUUCUCAUAAUAUUCCGACUUUCUCCUCAAUUACGUCGUAAUAUUCCAACUCCAAUUUCUCGACAUCUCAGAUUUUGUUUUGCAAAUGUGGCCUUUGUACUUGUAGAUCAGAAAAUAUAUAAUGAUAAAUAAGGUGACACUUUAGUUUAUGUACAGAAUACGUGUAUGCAUUAUUUAUAUAGUAUAUUUUGAAUGGAAACAAGACAUGUGAUUUUAGUUGAUGUUUAGUUUGAAGAUCACGUCACUUUUUUCUCGUUGCUUUUGUCCGUGAUCAGAAAUUUUAUGGAAACUCAUUUGUUUGAUUCAUUUCAUUGUAAAUAUGAGUUUGAUAAGUUUGAUGCAACAGUAAAAAUUUGAUGCUGCUAAUUUCCAGAGUCGGAGCCAAAAGACAGAAACCUGUUUGUUAGAGUGUCUAUAUUUGUAAUAUAUAUAUUUUAUAAUCAAGAAAACAAAUUAUUCUUGUAUUUUUCUUAGAACUGUUAUUUUCAAUAAUAAAAUAUAAAUUUUGUGUUUAA